UUGAGAUUUUUGUAUAUCCUACCUUGGAUCUUGAUGGCGGCUGCCCCGGAGCUUGUAUUAAUCGGUUUCGACAAUUCUGCAUGGAUGCCCCGCGGUUCUGAUAAUCUUAAUGCUCAACUUGACGCUUUUAAAUAUUAUUGCCAUACUAAAUUUGAAGUAACUUUCAUGCUCCACAAUUAUUAUGUUAUUCGUAUCUUUGAUUUUUUUCUUACUCGUACUGUGUGUGUUUGUUUUUUGUUACAGACUAAUCCAGGUUCCUUUGUGGGCAUAUUCACAAUGAGUGAGUCAUGCUAUGAUGAAUGUCUUUUUCCUUCUACUGAUCUUGAAGAAAUCGUGGAUAAAGCUCAAGGUAUAACUACCGGUUGUGGCAACUUGGACGUUCAAAGCGCAUUAGUAUUUAACGCUCCUUCUCUCAGAAGAUGGUGCCCAGGUUUGAAAAAAAGGAUCCUUCUCUUUAUUGGAGGUACUACAAAUUUGGAUCCAACAUUCGUGGCCGAGUUUUCGAAGAUAUUGAAAGACUGGUCUAUAGUUAUUGAUGUUGUCAACUUCUAUCCGGAGGACCGUUUGUGCGUAUAUUCAAAGUAUGGUUAUCAUUUUGGGAAGAGCGAUCUUCAGGAUCUUUUUGCUGCUACUAACGGUGAUGAUGGCAACAGCCACUUCGUACAAGUUACACCUGGAUCUUCUAUUCCUAUUGAAGAUUACAUGUCUAUAUUUAAAAAAGACCCCUCUGAAGAAAACAGCUAGCGGAAGAGAAUGUCAUAAAACCUUGCAACCAUCUUACAAGGCUGCUGCAAAUGAUGAACCACUGGCUGUAGCUCACUGAUGCAUCAUGUGUGCUGCUUAUUUGUUUAUGCAUGUGUAAGCUGCUGAAUUGUUUAAAAAAGGGUAUUCCUACCCUUUCCCCUUUCUGUCAAUGUUGCCAAUUCCUAUCCCAAUAGGCCAGCGGGCGGAACGAGGAGAGGGCCCGACAAUCAGCAAUCUUCGAUUCUGAUAUCAUAUUAGGAGAAAGGCGCUCCCCCCGAGAAGAUAGAAAGAAAUUAAAAAGUCAUUGAUUGUUGGGUAUCCCUUCCUACUUCUUCAUAAACUGAUCAUAAUGUGAAUCAGCCGCAUGUAGUGUUUGAAUGAUUUUGUAUGCAUUAAUGUUGGCAGUGAUGUUCUAUCACCCCUUGGUUUAGUUUCUCUUUCUUAGUCAGUCUUUCCACGAUUAGCAAAUGCAAAAAUUUAGUUCAGUACCAAUGCUCACAGAUCUAGAGAUGGUACGGUUUCAAGAUGUAUUUCUUACGCAAUCCUCACACUCACAGAUUUACGAAGUUCUAACUCGGGCUACGUUUGGUAUGAUGAGGGAUGAACCAACUAAUGGAAUGGGAUAAAAACAGGAGUAAAAUGUAGUGGAGUUAAUGAAAAAUGCAGAUUUUGAGGGAAUGGAAUCUAGAUCAAUAAUUGUUUGGGAUGUUUCUGUUGUUUUAAGGUCUAUGUCUUCUUAUAUUCUAGUAGAUCUGCUGCACUCUGUUGCAAAAAAAAUGGAGCUACCUACUGUUUUGCUCCCAUGGUUGUCCUCCCUAUAAUCAUCUUGAAGCGAAUA